AUGAGUGCCAAAACGCAAGCCGUAGCAGAUAAGCCAGUUCGCGAUGUGAGUGGCAGCGAUGACAUUGCCGUCACAACUUUUAGCAACGGCGCCGUUUCCGUGACGCAUGAAGAUAUUCUCGACAAAACCGUCCUUGGCUAUGGUGCUUUGUUUGGCCUCCAGGAAAGUACUGGCCUUACUGGAAAUCGGUAUUCCCUCGUAGGGUCUAUCGGCCCUAUUGCGCAGCUGGCAUGGCAGCCUUUCUCCAUGUUCUUAAUCGUCAAAGUGCCGCCGCGCAUCCUCAUGUCAACCCUCGUCCUUGGGAUGGGAAUUUCACAAGGAGCUAUAGCAGCAUCUUACAAUUACGUAGGGCUUCUCGCCAGCUGCUUCUUUCUGGGUUUGUUUCAGGCAGGUUGUCUUCCCCUUUUCAGUAUCAUCACCAGCCAGUGGUAUCGCCGUGUGGAGCAACCACUCCGUGUGGCAGCAUGCCAUUUCAUUUGGGUUGGGCCACAUCCCGUCCGAGAGACUUCAAUCAUGGCAGAUGUACGAGAUAGCCCUCAGCUCCCCUGGCCCCUGGCCCUCUUCAAGUACAGCAAUACUAAACAGGCGCGUUGUAGACUGUUCCUUUUCACCAGUCUCAUCACUCUCAUAACCGCCCCUUUUGUCUACUGGAAAUUAGAUAACAACAUCCAUACCGCCCGCUUUCUGACAGAGGAGGAAAAAGCCCAGGCGGUCGAACGCCUACGCGCAAACCAAACGGGAACAGGCGCUGGCCACAAAGAAUUCAAAUGGUCGCACGUCAUCGAAGCUGUCAGAGAGCCAAAAACGUAUCUCUGGAUAGCCAUGAGUCUGCUCCUCAGCGUGGGCUCCGCGGUGACGAAUGUAUUUGGGCCGCUCAUACUCAACGGACUGGGCUAUGACAAAUACCACUCCUCUCUCCUCAACAUCCCCUUCGGUGCCAUCCAGCUAAUCGCCAUCCUGGUCACUUCACACGUCGCUCAAAAAUGUCGCGUCAAAUCCGCAAUUCUCGUCCUUUUGAUUCUACCAGUCAUCGCGGGCCUGGCCAUGCUCCACGUCCUGGAUAGAAACCCAUCUCAAAAAUCUACGUUACUAGUUGCGUACUAUAUGCUUGCUAUUCUCUUUGGUGGAGUUCCUCUCAUCGUCGCCUGGAUCGUAGGAAACACGGCCGGAGCGACGAAGCAGUCAGUUAUAACAUCUCUAUACAACGCCGGUUCCUCGGCCGGUAAUAUCAUAGGUCCUCUCCUUUUCAACAAGGCUGAUGCCCCAAGUUAUCACCCCGGUCUGCGCAAUGUGCUUGGGAUCUUCGUCGUGCUGGUGGGGGUCGUACUCCUACAAGCUGGGAAUUUGGUUCUGUUGAAUCAGGUACAGAAAAAGAGAAGAAUUGCGGAUGGCAAGGAGGCGGCUAUAGUGGAUCGGUCGAUGGAGGAACGGUACAUCCACACUGACGAAAGUAAUGGGCAUGGUGGUGCUGGUGGUAGAGAGAAUCCACAAGAUCAUGCUCUUCUCGACUUGACGGAUCGGGAAAACAAUGAGUUUGUGUACAUUUAUUGACGGUGACUCAUUCGUGUUCCCUCUGCUACAUCGCUCUUUGUUCCCCUAUCAAUUCGCUAACUUGACAGGCAUUUAAAAUCUAUAUUAUAACCCGCAAUCCUAACCUAAUCCUGUAUUUUAACAGCUGCAAAUCUUUGAGCGUCGUAUCCGAAGAUGGACUCUUUAGUAAGAUGGAGGACAUCACUCUUUGUAAUACUCUACUUCCCACAAAUGUUCAGGCAUCGUCAUGUGUUAGUAUUUAUAUAUAACAUAACAGUUGAUAAACAAAUGCGCUGGAAGAAACCCU